CCCCGCCGGAGGGAGGCGGCUCCGCGCGGGGCCAGCCGCCCGCGCCGCCGCCACCGAAACCCGGCCGCGGCGCGCCCGACCUUCUGCGCCGGCUGCCGCGGCCGCCCUCGCCGCGCUCCCGCCCCGGCCGCUGCCCCCGCCCUCCCCGCUCGCCCCGCGCGCCCCAGCCCGGGGAGGGGCUCCCACGACCCCGGGCGCGCGCUCUUGGGGGCGCGCCAGGGACUCCAGGGUCCCUUGCCCCGCGCCGCUUCUCCCUCCUCCCUCUUUCUUCGGGCAGCCUCCCCACCACCCCACUUCAGCCUCCCCCACUCUUGCCGCCUCCACAUCAUCAAGCUCUGGUGGCGCUUGGGGGGCUUUUCGGAUCGGCAGGAUGUACCCCCAGGGAAGGCACCCGACCCCGCUCCAGUCCGGCCAGCCCUUCAAGUUCUCGAUCUUGGAGAUCUGCGACCGCAUCAAAGAAGAAUUCCAGUUUCUUCAGGCUCAAUACCACAGCCUCAAGCUAGAAUGUGAGAAGCUGGCCAGCGAGAAGACGGAAAUGCAGCGACAUUAUGUCAUGUAUUAUGAGAUGUCGUACGGGCUCAACAUUGAAAUGCAUAAGCAGGCGGAGAUUGUGAAGCGUCUGAGCGGUAUCUGUGCUCAGAUUAUCCCCUUCCUGACCCAGGAGCAUCAGCAGCAGGUGCUCCAGGCCGUAGAACGCGCCAAGCAGGUCACCGUGGGGGAGCUGAACAGCCUCAUCGGGCAGCAGCAGCUCCAGCCGCUGUCCCACCACGCACCCCCUGUGCCCCUCACCCCCCGCCCAGCCGGGCUGGUGGGCGGCAGUGCUACGGGGCUGCUUGCUCUGUCUGGAGCCCUGGCUGCCCAGGCUCAGCUGGCUGCGGCUGUCAAGGAGGACCGUGCAGGCGUGGAGGCCGAGGGGUCCAGAGUGGAGAGAGCCCCGAGCAGGAGUGCAUCUCCCUCGCCCCCUGAGAGUCUCGUGGAGGAGGAGCGACCGAGUGGCCCUGGUGGUGGCGGGAAGCAGAGAGCAGAUGAGAAGGAGCUGUCAGGACCUUAUGAAAGUGACGAAGACAAGAGUGAUUACAAUCUGGUGGUGGACGAGGACCAACCCUCAGAGCCCCCCAGCCCAGCUACCACCCCCUGCGGAAAGGUACCCAUCUGCAUUCCUGCCCGUCGGGACCUGGUGGACAGUCCAGCCUCCUUGGCCUCUAGCCUUGGCUCACCCCUCCCUAGAGCCAAGGAGCUCAUCCUGAAUGACCUUCCCGCCAGCACUCCUGCCUCCAAAUCCUGUGACUCCUCCCCGCCCCAGGACGCGUCCACCCCCGGGCCCAGCUCAGCCAGUCACCUCUGCCAGCUCGCUGCCAAGCCGGCGCCUUCCACGGACAGCAUCGCCCUGAGGAGCCCCCUGACUCUGUCCAGUCCCUUCACCACGUCCUUCAGCCUGGGCUCCCACAGCACUCUCAACGGAGACCUCUCCGUGCCCAGCUCCUACGUCAGCCUCCACCUGUCCCCCCAGGUCAGCAGCUCUGUGGUGUACGGACGCUCCCCCGUGAUGGCAUUUGAGUCUCAUCCCCAUCUCCGAGGGUCAUCCGUCUCUUCCUCCCUACCCAGCAUCCCUGGGGGAAAGCCGGCCUACUCCUUCCACGUGUCUGCGGAUGGGCAGAUGCAGCCGGUUCCCUUCCCCUCGGAUGCACUGGUAGGCGCGGGCAUCCCGCGGCACGCCCGGCAGCUGCACACGCUGGCCCAUGGCGAGGUGGUCUGCGCGGUCACCAUCAGCGGCUCCACACAGCAUGUGUACACGGGCGGCAAGGGCUGUGUGAAGGUGUGGGACGUGGGCCAGCCUGGGGCCAAGACGCCCGUGGCCCAGCUCGACUGCCUGGUGAGGGCGGGGUGGGACGGUGGGCGGGACUCACAGAACCGAGACAACUACAUUCGUUCCUGCAAGUUGCUGCCGGAUGGCCGGAGUCUGAUCGUGGGCGGUGAGGCCAGCACCUUGUCCAUUUGGGACCUGGCGGCCCCCACCCCCCGUAUCAAGGCCGAGCUGACCUCCUCAGCCCCAGCCUGCUACGCCCUGGCCGUCAGCCCCGACGCCAAGGUUUGCUUCUCCUGCUGCAGCGAUGGCAACAUUGUGGUCUGGGACCUGCAGAAUCAGACUAUGGUCAGGCAGUUCCAGGGCCACACGGACGGCGCCAGCUGCAUUGAUAUUUCCGAUUACGGCACUCGGCUCUGGACAGGGGGCCUGGACAACACGGUGCGCUGCUGGGACCUGCGGGAGGGCCGCCAGCUGCAGCAGCAUGACUUCAGCUCCCAGAUUUUCUCCCUGGGCCACUGCCCUAACCAGGACUGGCUGGCGGUCGGAAUGGAGAGUAGCAACGUGGAGAUCCUGCACGUUCGCAAGCCGGAGAAAUACCAGCUGCACCUCCACGAGAGCUGCGUGCUGUCCCUGAAGUUUGCCUCCUGCGGACGGUGGUUUGUGAGCACCGGGAAGGACAACCUGCUCAACGCCUGGAGGACGCCGUACGGGGCCAGCAUUUUCCAGUCCAAGGAGUCGUCCUCAGUGCUGAGUUGUGACAUCUCCAGAAAUAACAAAUAUAUCGUGACAGGCUCGGGGGACAAGAAGGCCACCGUGUAUGAGGUGAUCUACUGAGACAUGACCCCCCUUCCUGUACCCGAAGUCCAGACUCCCAGAGGAAUCAGCAGCCGGACAGACAUCCUAGCAGCCGCCUCCCAGCCCUGCCUAGGAACCGUACAUCCCAUCUGCUCUCUGGCCAACGGCUUCACACCUUCCCCUGCUGCAUGUGGGGGCCGAUGGGCAGGGGACCUCGGUGGAAAUAAAAUGUAUCUAUCACA